GGUUGGACAGGUCGCGUGAAAGGUCGCUCGUUUACCAUAUGUUUGAUAACUACCUUAUCAAGGUUUUGAAAGUUGAGGUUUUUGUUUGGAUAAUGAAAUAAACAACGAUAAUAUUUCUAUUUUCUGCACAAUUGAAUGUUUGAUCGCGAAAUUACUCUUUCAUAGUCUAUAUCUAUGUAUAAUAUAAAUUACCCGGAUUACGUUUUACGCCGCUCAACUUAAGCAUUUAUUUAUCAUUUUUACAGUAAACUAAAAACCAAAUUGUAAAUAUUCAGAAAUCCAUCUUUGGUGUAUUUAACAUUUAUAUUUAUUUUUUUGUUAAUUUUUUUUUUUACAAAUGUACAAAAUACGAUUUCGAGUUUUGGCGUCAAUGUGCUUAUUGCAUUUAUGGAGUCGUUAGAUAUAUUAAAUCUGCGAGUUGACGAAUGUUCGUUUUUGGAGACAGCCUUGGUCGAUGUUAAACGUUACAUCAACACCUUCGUUUUAAAAAACAAAAUAAACGUGGUACUUAUUUUCCCUCCAGUGAGCGCACGUAAUCGGUUUUUAGUGCAUAAUCUAGUGCAGACAUUUUUUAACGAAUUGAAUACCAUAUCAAUUGGUAGUAGCUACGGAAGACGCAUUGUUGUUUAUCAUUCUUCACUUAAACCUAUGUAUUGUGAAGUAGACCUGGAAGAUGCUGAAAGGCACAAUGAAAAUAAUUCUAGUAUACAUCGAGCAUAUAGAACCCCUAAUGAAAGGAAGGCCCAAGAAAGAUUAUUUCAGUCACUUAAGCCUAAAAAGAUUGAUCCAAGUACAAGAUCCAAUCAACGCAAACAAAGUAAAAGGCCAGAUAUUCCUAUUUAUAUACCUAAAGCACUUAGGGGAUUAGCUAAUAAUACUGGUUCCAAAACUAGCAACACAAAUAGUAAUUUAAAUUCAACUGCAUCAAAUAAACUUGAUACUAAUUCAAGAAUUCAAGAUAGUUCAAGUAAUAAAUUAUAUUCUAAAGAUAUGAAAGGUUCAAUAUCAUUAUCUAAUCAUAAUCAACACAAUCAUAUUUUAUUAGAAUCUUUAGAUUCAUUUAAAUUUGUAGACUUAUCAAAUGAAAUGUUAAUUAAUGAUGUUAAUAAUGAAUUUAAAACUUCAUGUUAUGAUGCUUCAUCUCAGUUCUCUGAUUCUUUAGCUACUAGUAUUCUUCCAAAUUCAGUGGAUAUUAAUAAAAGUAAUUCAAAUUUAUCUGUAACAAACAAAAAAAUUAAAAUUAAAAAUCCCAAUUUAGACCAUAAUGAAUUAGAGUCUAAUAUUGUAGAAACUAUUUUUGACAACCGUGAUAGAGAUUCAACAAAAUGUGACUUUGUCAAUUGUAAAAGCAUUCAGAAUGAUAAACCAGUUAAUUUACCUGACUCUCAAAUAUUAGAAGAUGUCUAUGAUAAAAUUACAGCUGACAAUGUGUUAGUAUCUCAAAAAACUACACCAGUUAAUUUACCUGAUUGUCAAUUAUCAGAUAUUAAUGAUAAAAUUACAGCUGACAAUGUUCUAGUACCUCAAAAAACUACACCAGUUAAUUUACCUGAUUGUCAAUUAUCAGAUAUUAACGAUAAAAUUACAGUUGACAAUGUAUUGUUUCAAAAAACUAUAAAAUCAAUAGACAUGAAAGUUGAUGAUAAUAAUAUCUCGGAUAUGUCCAAUAGUAAUAACCAAUUACAUGAAACACAAAAAGAGAAUGAAGUAGUUUUUUCUGGUGUAUCUGGAUUAGAAUUAGAACAAGAACAUGAUACAAACUGUCCUCAUUAUUGCUUGAAUGAUAGUUUUAAUAGUGAUCCAUUAACAGAUGUAGAUACAAAUUAUUCUAAAAAUGUAAAUAAAGAAUUGACUGUCCAGCAAAGUUCAAUGUUAAUUAAUAAUUCUGAAAUAAAUAUUGAAAUUAAUGAAAAGAAAAAAAAAAAGAAAAAAGAAAAUAAAAAGAUUUUAGAUGUAGAUGAAUGUAGUUGGGAAGAUAUGUAUGAUAAAGAUGAUGAAUAUAUACAUCCUUUGCUUAUGAAAGAAUUGGUUUCCACAAUUGGUAAAGUUCAAGUGCAAUGUGCAAAAGAAGAUUAUCGUAAUUAUCAAACAAUUGAAGAACGUUCAGGUGAUGGGGAGUGUGUUAUUGAGGUGUAUGGUUUUUCUUCUGAAUUGAAAACUAUUGAUCUAAUGAAUCAAUUCGCUGUAUUUCGUAAAAAACAUUUUGAAAUUAUUUGGGUGGAUGAUACUCAUGCAUUAGCAGUAUUUGAAAGUCCACAUUUAGCUGAUCAAGCAUUGAACACACCAUUAGUACUAGUGAAAACAAGACCUCUUAAGAAUGCUACCAAAGAGUCAAAGCUUAGAGCUGCUACAAUUGUUCCUCUUCCAGCAACUAGGCCUAAAACUUGUACUGCAAUGGCUAGACGACUAGUGAGUAGUGCUUUAGGAUUAAAGAUGAAUGUAUCAGCGGAUCGUAUAAAUGCUGAGCGUACAUUGUUGGCAAAUGCUAAAGAGAAAAAGAUUCGGGAUGCUCAACAAAAACAUAAUGUUUGGAACAAUGAAUCAUGAUUAUCAUUACCACAGUAUACAAAAUACAGUCAAUUAUUUUUUGAAGUCAUUACAAUUUUUUAAGCAUUAAACUGUGGUUUGGGAAAUUUUA